GGGACUCCUGACUCGGAAACGGACACCGCCCAUCAGGCUGCGCAGCCGACCAGAGCACAUAAUCAUGCGCCUGCACACUGGAUUUAUUAAUAAUCUUUGUAGCUCAGAGACGGACGAGAGGCUCUAUCUCCUUUUAACGAGUUUCAAGGAUGAGAAACAUCAGAGCAAAAACUUUCUUGCUGGCAGGAGCUCUUGGUCUGUUGGUCCUCCAUCUCUGUAAAGAUUUUAUUGAUCACAAAACCAUCCAUCUCCCCAUAGAUGUGAGAGAGGGUCACAGUCAAUUACAGCAACACGCCACAAAGACUUCCUACACAUUCUCCUGGACAAGAUGUCAACAAAAUAUGUCUGCUGCCAACAUCACAGGCUUCAGCUCUCUUCCUGGUGGUAUAAAAGACUUUCUCUACUAUCGACACUGUCGCCAUUUCCCCAUGCUAAUGGACCUUCCUGACAAAUGUGGAGGACCCGAUAAAUCAGCAGAAGUCUUCCUUCUGUUGGUCAUUAAAAGCUCCCCUGUGAACUACGAACGCCGAGAGGUGCUGCGCAAAACCUGGGCUAAAGAGAGGUUACACAAUGGUGUGUGGAUCAGAAGGAUCUUCAUCUCAGGAACGAUGGGUACUGGUUUUGAGAAAGAGAGACUGAACAAACUACUCGAGCUGGAGCAACAAGAGUACAGUGACAUCCUCCAAUGGGACUUUAGUGACACAUUCUACAACCUCACCUUGAAGCAGAUACUCUUCUUAGAAUGGAUGGAAAGAAACUGUCCGAACGCUCGCUUCCUGCUAAAUGGUGAUGAUGACGUCUUUGCCAACACAGACAACAUGGUCGAGUAUCUCCAAAGCCUCAAGGACAAUGAUGGAAGCAAGCACCUCUUUACUGGACAUCUGAUCCAGAAUGUGGGGCCCAUUAGAUCAUCAGGGAGCAAAUAUUUUAUCCCAGUUCAGAUUCAGGAGUCAGAGUCAUAUCCUCCCUACUGUGGUGGUGGGGGUUUCCUCUUGUCAGGUUAUACAGCUUUGGUCAUAUACCAUAUGUCCCAGUCCAUUGCCAUUCUUCCAAUUGAUGAUGUUUACAUGGGUAUGUGUCUGGCCAAAGCAGGACUCGCACCUGUUUCCCAUAUGGGUGUGAAGACAGCAGGACUGCACAUUCCCUCCAACGCACUAGAUGGAUACGAUCCUUGCUAUUAUAAAGAUGUUUUACUGGUGCACAGAUUCCUUUCAGCUAACAUGUAUCUUAUGUGGCACAGAAUACAUGAUCCUAAUCUGAAAUGUGGUCCCUCCAAGAAAAGGCUUAAGGAGCAUUAGUGUGUGACUCAUAGGUGAUUACACUUUGCUUCCUGCUUCUGCUCUUAGGUUGUGAGACUUUCUUCGUAUAUAUCAUGAGAAAAGGUUUGGACUGUUUUUCCACCACUGUUCAGCUGUCAAAUGGAACUUUUUUUAUUCGUUAAGUCAUCAAUGUGGGCGAGCAGUCAGCUGGGAACGGAAUGGAGGAGGUGAUUUUAUUCACAUGUUAGUAGCUUUCACUGGAAUGAAGGGGCUGACAUGUUUGUUUACCUCAUCCAUUGUUUUGUUGACUAAAAAUGAGGUUACAAAAACCCUGGGCUGCAUGUGUGGGAGUUUGGUUUGUGUAUGAGAUAUAUAUUUAAACAUUUAUUACUUCUGGCAGUUUAGCAGUGUGAUUGUGUUGUGACUAGGGCAAGGUAUUGAUCCAGGAUACAUUCUGACUGCCAACUGAAUCAUGUCCAUAGCACAUAAUUGUCCCACAGUCAACUACCAAAAGUUAGCACUUUUAUAUACUUUUACAUUUAUAUAAAAGUAUGAUUUAUUAAAGUAUUUAAAUUGUAUUUAGCAAACUUCUUGUAUACCUGUACACCGGUAUUGAAAUCUUUUGAACAAUACCCAACUCUAGGUGUGAGUGGUGCAGGGCUAUAAGGUUAUAUAGAAUGUGUCACAGUCUUACAAAAUAUCAUUCAAAAUUCCUCAGGGUUUCUUACGAAAUAAUGGUGUAAUGUAAUAUAGGUAGACUGACAAACUCUUCUCAGUAAAUCAGCCAUAAACUCACAGUAACCAAGGGAGCUGCUUAAUCAUUAAUCAGAUGUUUCUUCCGUCCCAUUUAUUGUGCAAUAGCAUCCACCAUGUUAUUAAAAUCCUGUACUCUGGCCUAGGGCUGGGCUGUAUAUCAGAAUAUCAAUUAAUGUGUGAUAGCCUGUAGAUAAGCUCAGGUUGCAGUAGUUACUGAAAGGCUUUGCGUUGUGAUUGCUAGCACAGAAAAUAAAGAAAAAGUCUGUUUAUGUAAUGUUACUAUGGCGUCUUCUGCUCAUGAUCCAAUGUCCAGUUUAGUGACCUAGGGUCAUACAGACUGACACUUAGAGGGAGGAGUUAAAGAGUUUGAUGGCCACAGGCAGGAAUGACUUCCUGUGGCGAUCUGUGGUGCAUUUUGGGGGGAUGAGUCUUUCGCUGAAGGUGCUCCUUUGCUUGACCAGCACGUCAUGGAGUGGGUGGGAGACAUUGUCCAGGAUGGCAUGUAGUUUGGCCAGCAUCCUCCUCUCUGACACCACCGCCACAGAGUCCAGGUCUACAUUUUUAUUAUUAUUUUAUUAUUAUCAUCUUACUAAUCUGUAUAGAUUUUAAUAGCACAUUUCUUCUGUUUAUGUAUAUGUUUAUAUUGCUAUAUUAUUUCACACUUGCUUUGACAAUGUUAACAUCUGUUUCCCAUGCCAAUAAAGCCUGCUGAAUUAAACUGAAUUGAGAGAGAGAGAGAAAGAGAAAGAAAAUAUGGGUAAGGUGAAAUAUGUUACUUGUUUCCCAAUUUUGUUUCCUUGUAGUUUGGUGAAUGUAUUAACCUCUUGCUGUUUUUCUAUAUCAUUAGAUUUGAUAGAGAUUGUACUGUAUCUCUGGAAUUUACAUUUCCUUGCAGGACAAGGACACAUCACACUGGUCAGAGUAAAGUAAAACCCAAAUAAAAAUUAAAUGAUUA